CACAUGAACCCUUACAGGUGCCUAGCAAUAUUCGUUGAGAUGAAAACGAUAUUGUAUGAACAAGUGGUAGGGUUGGGUAGAAAUCCAAGAAUGUCCAAUUUAUCAUUGUUGUCUAGUGGAUCCGGGACGCUCACAAAAUUAAGAUAAAAAUAAACAAGCGUGGGGUAUCAUUGUCCGAAGGUCAUCAUGGGAAUUUGCUUUAGGUGUUAAACUAUCACCUAUCACACCAUCAUAUUGUAGCAUCGCCACAGAAGUCCAGCUAGCAACCACAAAGUUUACGAUGAAGAUCUGUUUUGGGUGUAAAACUACCGAGAAAGAAGUUGGAAUAAGUGGACGAGAAACCUGGAAUGUUGUGAUCAUUUCCCUGAGCUUUUUCGCUGUGUUUACUGCCUAUCUUGCUUUACAAAACCUCCAGAGUAGUUUGAACCAAGAGGACGGACUAGGAGUAAUAUCGCUGUCAUGUCUCUAUGCAUUCAUCAUUGUAUCCGCCAUCUUAGCUCCCUGGAUCAUAAAGACGCUUGGAAUUAAGAUUUCACUGCUUAUUUCCUGGGUAUCACAUAUUCUGUACACGUGCAGCAACUUCUAUCCAACCUUUGCAACCUUGAUACCGACAUCUAUUCUACUUGGAUUGAUAUCUGGUCCAUUAUGGACUUCUCAGAGUGUGUUUAUAUCUAACAACGCAUAUUCGGCUUCCGAGUUAAAUAGAGCCGAUACGCAUGCCACUCUCAGUCGUUUAAAUGGAAUUUUCUUCACCUUUUAUGAACUAACACAGAUAACAGGAAAUUUAGUUUCAUCCUUUGUUUUAAACAAGGAUGAAUAUAAUAUGACGUCAGUUAUUACGUCAACAUGCGGUUGCAAUGACUGUCCCAUAACCACUUCCGGUAACGAGACGAGCAAAAUCGUGGAGCCUGCGGCGCCAACAGUCUACCUAAUGUUGUCGAUUUUCUUGGCCUUUGAUGUGCUUGGAUUUCUUUGCACUGCGGCCUUUUUGCCCUCAAUUCCUAAAAGUGAAUGGGCAGAACAAUCGAACAAAAAAGAAUCAUUUACAGCCUGUUUCUCCGCUUUGCAGGAUCCAAAACUUGCUUUUCUUUUACCCUUUAUUUCAAUUAUGGCAAUGGAACAAGCCGUAUUGUGGACUGAUUUCACAAAGUCAUUCAUAAGUUGCAUCUUUGGAAUACAGAUGGUAGGUUUUGUUAUGGCCAGUUAUGGAUGUGCCACCACCAUCAGUGCCUUAGUGACGUCACGGAUAGCUAAAUACACGGGGCGUUAUGUUCUUUUUUCCUUCGCGGCAGCUGUCAAUUUGGCAAUUUUUAUCCUUUUAUACGUAUGGGUUCCUACGGAAAACCAAAAAGCAUAUGUAUUCGCUAUGGCUGUUAUGUGGGGCCUAGGAGAAGGUAUCUGGCAGACUCAAUCAAAUGCAUUGAUAGCGUUACUGUUCCCAGAGAGGACGGAAGCAGCCUUUGCCAACUACCACUGCACGAAGGCCGCUAGUUUUACUGUGUACUUCGUCAUCAGUUUAUACGUAUGCGUCAAAGUCAAGUUGUUGCUUGUUAUUGUUCUCCUGGUCGUUGGUUCGGCGAUGUACGCCGUUGUGGAGGUCCACGUGUACAGGAACAAAACUACUGUAAACAAGUGAAAAUAAUGGGUUGGAUUGUCGAUUACUGAUAGACAAAUGCGAGCUGGUGUAUUUUACUAAUUAACAAUUUUCAAUAAAAUGAUAUAUGAUCAA